UUGCACCGUACUAUACCAAAUGUCACAGAGACGAUAGACACCACAGAUAGAUCCUGACCAUCACCCAAGGAACAAAUGCACAAUUGUGAGAAAAUAUCCAGUCCCUCUGUAGCAUUGUUUCAACACUGGGAAAGUUGGACACUAAAACCAUCACCUGGAAAUCGGUCAUGUCAGGGGAGUUUUGACAUGCCAUCUGAUCUGAAACUGGUCACUAGUGUGGACCCUUCCAUCACAACUAACAUUUCUGAAGGAUCAGUUGUGGGUGAUCAGUCAUAUGAGGCUGGAAAGAAAUAUGAGUGAACCCCAGUUGUGGUUAUAGCUUCAAUAAUUCAUCAAGUCCAAGGCCCACUGACUCAGUCCUAUAAGUGAGAGGCUAUUCAAGGUGUGAGGUUGUGAGGAGGGCUGCACACAUUCAAUUUCUCCUGACACACAAGCUACAUUUGUUGAACAGCAUGGAAGACAAACUAUUCAAGCGUGGGGCAUGUGACCAAGAUUCUUCGAAGUCAUCUGCACCCAUGAAACACAAAUGCAUCCACACAAUGGAGAAGCCAUUCAUGUGUGAGGUGUGUGAGAAAUCAUUCUCACGGUCAUCGCAUCUCCAUGCACACCGAUACAUUCAUACAGGGGAAAGACCAUUCAAAUGUAAAGUUUGUGAUAAAUCGUUUGCUGUAUCGACAACCCUCCUGACACACCAACGUAUUCACACAGGUGACAAACCCUUCAGGUGUGAGGUUUGUGAGAUGGCUUUCAGCCACUCAUCUGAUCUCUUGAUACAUCAGAGGAUUCAUACAGGUGAGAAACCUUUCAGAUGUGAAGUAUGUGAUCGAGCCUUCACUCACUCAUCAACACUUGUGAAACACCGACGCAUUCACACUGGUGAGAAGCCCUUCACGUGUGAGGUUUGUGAUAAAUCAUUCUCGGUCUCAUCACAUCUUCGCAGACACCAACGCCUACACACUGGGGAGAAACCAUUCAUGUGUAAGAUGUGCAACAAAUCAUUUUCGCAGUCUUCACACCUCCAACUUCAUCAACGCAGUCACACAGGGGAAAAGCCAUUUAGAUGUGAAGUGUGCAAAAAAUCUUUCUCAAACUCAACCCACCUCCGUGUACAUCAACGUAUUCAUACUGGUGAGAAACCAUUCACAUGUGAAGCAUGUGACAAAUCAUUUGCGCGACCAUCGCACCUCCUUGACCACCAACGCAGUCACACAGGGGAGAAACCAUUCACAUGCGGGUUGUGUGACAAAUCAUUUUCGAGGUCAUCAACGCUCCUCAAUCACCAACGCAUUCACACAGGGGAAAAACCGUUCACAUGCGAGGUGUGUGAUAAAUCAUUUUCAGACUCAUCGAAUUUCCGUGUACACCAGCGCAUUCACACAGAGGUGAAAGUAUUCACAUGCUAGAUAAGCUAUGUAUCAUUCUUGCUCUUAACCACUUCUGUCUGCAGUAUAAACUUUACA